AAGCAUGUGAUCCGGCGUCCAUGCCGAGCUUAUUCUCAGUAAUUCAUUAGUCCUGCGUCUUCGGCCUGCAGGCUUGGGGGAGGGCCCGAGUAUUCCCAACGGUCCACCUUUCUCCUCCCACGCAAGAACGCGCUUCCCCCCUCCUUGCCAUGUAUCCUCGGUCCAUCGAUUACGCGUUCCCUGCGGAGCCUCUAGCGCUUUCGUAGUGCUCUCCGCAUCCCGAGUCUUGUUCCAGCGCGGCGCUAGAAAAGCGAGAGAAUGCGUGUGCGGUGGCGGCGGGCGGGUCCAAGGCAAGCGCGUCGCGUGGCGCCACUUCCGCCGCGGUCGCCUCCUCCUCCACAAGCCGACUGCCUUCCUUCGCGCCCGCAUCUCAUCACGUGUUGCGCGAAGUCUGACCAUCAUUGGAAUGAAGGAUGGCGGAUCCUGGGGAAGACGGCACAGCGACAGUAGCCGAUGGGGGCGAGUCAAAUGGUGCCGCUGCAACUGGCCAUGUCGCCCGACAGAAACCCAUAUGCCGCUUCUACAACACCCCAAACGGUUGUCGAUCUGGAGACCAGUGUAGAUUCAUUCACAGCACCCAAACAACGCACACCAACAGCACAUCAGACAUGGCGCAGAAGAAGAUCUCUAAACCAGCUCAGUCAUCGAGACCGCCAGCGACCAGGGUGGAAACGGCACCUCGGCAGAACCAGGUUGUCUCCAAACCGACACCCAAAGUAGACCCCCGAACUUUCCAACUCAACCAGAUCCAGCGAAGAUUCCAACCUGAGCAGACGGAGAGCGAGGGCAGCACCGUCUUCAAAUUCCCCAUGAAGCCUUCCGACCCGGACUUUCCCUACGACAUUGAGGCGCUGGAAUGUCAGCUCACCGUGCCUUCGACAUACCCCAACUCCGGACGGCCGACGCUUCUGAUUAAGAACAAGGACAUCCCGCGCGGCUUCCAAAUCAACAUUGAGCGUGGCUUCGACAGCAUUGCUGCGGCGUCUCCAACGACGACCUUGCUUAGCCUCAUGAAUCAGCUUGAUCGACAACUAGAAAGCAUACUCGCCGGUCGAAUGGCCGAUACGAUUAAGAUAGUGACGAACAAAACACGGUCUCAACAAUCGAGUGCGGCGGAGGGAAGCCAAGUCGCGAUUCAAGAGAAUCCCGUUCCGCUCGUUGAGGAAUGCAGUGUUGUGUUCACCACCCAGCAGAUCGUGGCGGCGGAGAAGGCACGUCAAUCGCAUGUUCGACAACUCGAGGCCCGCUUCUCUCGACUGCAGCCAUUCGUCAAGUCGUCUGACGGAGGCUCCUAUACAAUUCCCAUCGACUCACCGAAACGAUCUGCCUGGCCGAAAGCGCUACAGCCUAUCCGCUCAGCUCACUUACUCGUCCCGCAGCGGUAUCCUCUUGAACCAGCCGAAGUGCUGUUCGACGUCGAGGCUCCAGAGGCUUCCGCAGUAUCGGCUGCGUUUCGAAUGCGGGCUGCGCAGACUCCGGAAUCGACCCUCACACAGCAAAUCAACUAUCUUAUUCAGCACAUGAAGGAGAUGUCAGUCCUCCCUGCGGAAAACAAGCAAGAGGCUCCUUCGCAACAGCCUCAUGCAAGCACAGAUGCUGCGCUUUCGCAAUCAUCACAACCGCAGACUGCCGCCGUAGACUCGCGCGACUCACAUAUACGCUACAUCCAGCGUCCGGCCGAAUGGGACGCUGCGCCAGACUCGGACAGCUCAAGUGACGAAGAAGACGGCUCCGUAGAUAGUGCGACCGAUGAGGACAUUGAGACAGGCGAAGAUGCGCCAGCAGAUCAGCCUGCCACAAGCGCGCCGGCCGAACGAGGCAUCCUACUAUCACUCCCUCGUCUGGAACUGCACGGAAUUGAACUUCUGGAGCUCGUAUCUCUUAACAUCACCGUCAAGUGUGAGCGAUGCAAGGACAUCUUAGACAUCGCUCGACUUCGCAGUGCGGGAGAAGAUGCCAAGAUGCGACUGGAGAGCUGCAAGAAGUGUGCAGCUGGGAUAGCGGCAAGAUACCGAGCAGACAUGAUCCACGCCAACUCUGUUCGAGCGGGAUACAUCGACCUCGAGGGCGCGAUCAUUGUGGAUCUACUCCCGAGCAGCUUCAUCGCCACCUGCUCCGGAUGCUCCACACCCUCACCCGCUCCCGGCGUAGUCGCAGUGCGAGGCGACUCGGCCAUGGCAGUAUGCCGCGAAUGCCAUCAAAAGAUGUCCUUCCGCAUCGUCGAGGUCAAGUUCCUCCAAGUCAGCGCGUCCGCCAUCCGCGCCUCCACGGUGUCCGGCAAGAAGAAAGCAAAAGAGAACCUGGGCAUCACCGCCGGCACCGCCCUCCCCAAAGAAGGCAGCUGCUCCCACUACCGCAAAAGCUACCGCUGGUUCCGCUUCUCCUGCUGCGGCAAAGUGUUUGCCUGCGAUCGAUGCCACGACGCGCAGUCAGAUCAUCCGAACGAAUGGGCGAAUCGCAUGCUGUGCGGGUACUGCUCGCGCGAGCAGAACUACCGGCCGGAAGAUUGUGGGAUCUGUCAUGCUUCGUUGAUCGGGCGGCGCGGGAGGGGGUUUUGGGAGGGCGGAAAGGGGACGCGGGAUCCGAGGAAGAUGAGUAGGAAGGAUCCGAGGAAGUAUAAGCGGCGGCCGGGGACGAAGGCGACGACCUAGCCAUACGUGUACUUCUUGAAGACUCUAUGUGCGCUCCUGACGCUGACUUUGCUAUUCCACUUGCCUGAGGCCCGUUUGAUAUGGCUUCCUGGAUAGAUAGGCAAAUUUGGCAGAAUCAUACACACACUUUUGUCACUCCA